GACUACCGUAUUCCCUCGCGUACCCAGUUCUUAUUUCAAAGAUUAUGAACUCAAUGUUUUGUUCAGAGUUGCAACAAGCGCUGCCGCAGAUGUCGGAAGACGUAGCAGUCACGGCGCAAACAAUUCUCAAUGGAACCCCGCCCCAUAAUCAUUUUCGAAAAGAGUGGCUCGCUGGAGCAGCAGGAACGACAACGCCCACGACGACCUCUGGCGGACAAAUGAUGACGCUCUCCCCUCCCGCCGGUGACGGACCAGGUUCCGCUGGCUCAAUGGCUCCCGAAUCGACUUCUUCCCUUUCCGACUUGUCUGGUGACGCGGAAGGUGUGUGGAGUAUAGACAUUGAUCAAGCAUUUCAAGAAGCGUUAGCCAUCUAUCCACCUUGUGGACGAAGGAAAAUUAUCAUCAGUGACGAAGGGAAAAUGUAUGGAAGGAACGAACUAAUCGCUAGGUAUAUCAAAUUGCGAUGUGGAAAAACGAGGACUCGGAAACAAGUGUCAUCACAUAUUCAAGUACUUGCUAGGAAAAAGCUCAGAGACGAACAAGCAAAAAAGAAGGGUGAUAUUCCCAGUCUUCUUCAACAAGCUUCACCUCCAGGAGGAGUUAAAUCUCCAUCAGCUGUAGUAUUUCCGCCUGUUUCCGCAGCUGUCGCUGCAAUCACUGAAAUUUCUCCACAAAGUAGCUACUCAUCAAUUGUGCCAAAAGUGGAAACCGAUCAAAUCUCCCAACAACUAUUUAAAUCUCUUCCUUUGUGGUCAUUCCAACAAACUCCUGGAUUACCUAUCGGAAUGGAUCUAUCACAACUUGUUUUCCAACAAUCCUCUCCCGACAAAACAGUUUCACCUGUGAAAUCAGAAGUUGUAGAAGAAACGAAACCAAUCGCUUCUUCACAAUUAACACUUCACAGCUUCUCCGCAUAUGUCAAAUGUAAUAAGACAAGUUUAAGGACAGAACUCGUGAAGAUUGAGAAUACACUGGAAAAAGAUGAUAUUGACAUUUCUGUAUUUUACGAAAAAUAUCCGAAAUUACUUCGAGAAUUGUUCGAGAAAUCCGAGAAAAAGGAUGUCUUCUUCCUUGCAAAGUGUUGGGCAAAUAUUAAUGUUUCGGAUGAUGUACAAAACUGUCAAUACGCAGUCGACUCGUUCUACUCAAGUCGUGAAAAAUUCCAAUUAAAGGUCUCAACAAUGGCUUGCUCAUUUGGAAACCAGGCAGUUGAAAAAAUAGAGCAAUACUUCCCAAUCGAAUUCGAUGGAUCAUAUUCGUUCAUAUUGAACAACUCCCCAAUGUGUGACUAUAUGGUUAAGUUCAUUGCCGAGCUGAAGAAGCUGAAUGUAAUAGAAACAAUGAACAACGUGCUGGAGAAUUUUACAGUUUUACAGAUUGUCACAAACAGCGAAACUGAUGAAUUAUUAAUGGUUCUCUGUUUUGUAUUUGAAGUAUCACAAGAACCAGAGCCAUCAUGUUCUGUCUACAGGCUAAUCGAUGGAGGAGGCGAUUCUGAUGAAUGAAUUUUGAAAAAUCUCUUCCCACACUGCCAUAUUUUUUGUUUUUUUCUUAAUUUAUACACUCAUUCAUUCCUUUUCUUCGUUUUCUCCUUCUCUUCAAAAAUCGGUCACACGAAUUCAUUUGAAUUUCAUUUGAAAAAUAAUAAUAAUAUGUUCCAGUCAUUCCCAUUUUCUUAUUUUCUCCAUGUUUACCUGAAUACUCAAAACCCAAUUUCCCGUGAUUUAUUUUUGUACUUUUUUUCGUCUCAUCAUGUGCAACCAGAAGAAAACUCGUCGAGCUUCUCAUAUUUCUUGGAAAUUCACAGAAUCCAUCAAAAAGUCUACAGUGUCUAGUACGAGUUGUUCUUUAAUUUCUAAUCCCUCACAUUCAUCCCCACACUUCUCCCUUUCAGAUUCAGUUCCCCCCAAUACUUGCAACCUCUUCUCCACACCUUCCACAAAAUCUCAAUUCUCGAUUUUUUCAACCCAAGUUUCCGAUUUGAUUCAGUUCUGUUAGGCUCUUAGGUGUGUUUUGUUUCAUUUUCUGUAUUCUAUUUUUGGACUUGUUUUCCCUUUAAUUAUCAGUUAUUGAAAAAAUGCAUCAGAUACCUAAACUUUUCAAUUUU